AUGAUAUCAAAAGAGAAUGAUAAUUUUAAAAAUACUAAAUGUAUAAUACAUACAAAAAAGGAUUUAAUACUUUUAUGUUUAGAUUGUAACUUUAUUCCAUGUUGUAUUGAAUGCAAUAAUGAAGUUAUUUUAAAUGAAUCAAAUAAAACUUAUAACAAAAUUCAGUUACAAUAUAACAAUAAUAAUGUUUUAGUAACAAAAGAAUUUAAAAAAAUUCACGAUAUACUCUCAAUCAUUGAUUUUGAUAUUAAAAAACAAUUAACAACAACAUUUGAAAAUAAUCAAUUAAUAAAUGAAACUUUAAAUUCAUCAAUAAAUAAUGAUAUUGAAAUACUAUCAACAAUAAUUAAUAAUAAUAAUAAUAAUAAUAAUAAUAAUAAUAAUAAUAAUAAUAAUAUUAAUAAUAAUUUAUCAAUUGGUAAAUCACAACUUGAAGAAAGACCAAUAGCAGAUGUUCUUUUUCAAAUUCAAUCAUUUUUUCAUCCAUCAAUUGAUGAUAACAAUCAUAUAUACGUUGAUAAUAAUGAUUUCAAAAAUGAUCAAAUUAAUAUUAAUAAUAAUAAUAAUAAUAAUAAUAAUAAUAAUAAUAAUAAUAAUAAUAAUAAUAAUAAUAAUAAUAAUAAUAAUAAUAAUAAUACAAUUAUUGAUAAAAUAAAUGAUUUUAUCAAAAAUAAAAAUGAUUUUGAAAAUUAUUCAAUAGAUGGAAAAACAUUUGAAAUUAUUAAAAAAUAUCAACAAUCAUUGACAUUAUUAAAUAAUAAUAAUAGUAUCGAUAUUAUAAAUAUGUUUAAAGAAUACAACGAUCAGACCAUUGAUUUCGAUAAUCAUUUAAUUAAUAAUAUAAAAGAAAAUUUAAAACUAAUUUAUUCAUUAAAAAAUAAUAAUAAUAAUAACUAUAAUAAUAAUAAUAUUACUGACUUUUUAAAUAAUGAUAAUAAUAAUAAUUAUGAAAUUAAUUUUAUUAAUUUUAUUAUUGGAGUUAAUAAAGUUAUUUUCAAAAAUUUCAAAUGUAAUUUUAUAAUAGAAUCAGAAGAAAAUAAUUUAAUAUUUAAAUUUCUUUCAAGAAAAUAUUACAUUUAUUCAGAGAAUCACUCAUUUCUAAAAAAUUAUAACAAUGAUAAAGAUGGUAUUGCAUUUAGAAAUAAUUGUAAAGGUAUAACUAGUUUAAAAAGUAUACCUCUAAAUGUAAUGCUUUUAGAUGGGUUCAAUGAAAAAUUAUCUGAAGGUAUAUUACCAGAAGGUGUUCAUAGAUUAUUUUUAGGUGAUAUAAAACAAGAAUUAACUAUUAAUUCUAUUCCUAGCUCUGUAAAGUCUGUUUAUUUAUUAGAUGGAUUCAAUCAAAAAUUAACUGCAGGUAUAUUACCAGAUGGUGUUAAAAAUUUGUUAUUAGGUGAUAUAAAACAAGAUUUAGCUAUUGAUUCAAUUCCUAACUCUGUAGAGUUUGUUUAUUUAUUAAAUGGAUUCAAUCGAAAAUUAACUGCAGGUAUAUUACCAGAAGGUGUUGUAUUUUUGUUUUUAGGUGAUAUAAAACAAGAUUUAACUAUUCAUUCAAUUCCUAGCUCUGUAAAGUUUGUUUAUUUAUUGGAUGGAUUCAACCAAAAAUUAACUGCAGGUAUAUUACCAGAAGGUGUUAAUUUUUUAAGUUUAGGUGAUAUAAAACUAGAUUUAACUAUUGAUUCAAUUCCUAAAUCUGUGAAUUCUGUUCAUUUAAUAGAUGGAUUCAAGCAAAAAUUAACUGCAGGUAUAUUGCCAGAAGGUAUUGAAGAUUUGUCUUUAUAUGAUAUAAAACAAGAUUUAACUAUUGAUUCGAUUCCUAAAUCUGUAAAGUCUGUUUAUUUAUUAGAUGGAUUCAAGCAUAAAUUAACUGCAGGUAUAUUACCAGAAGGUGUGGAAAAUUUGUUUUUAGGUGACAUAAAACAAGAGCUAACUAUUGAUUCAAUUCCUAAAUCUGUAAAGUAUGUUAAUUUAUUAGAUGGAUUCAACCAAAAAUUAACCGCCGGUAUAAUACCAGAAGGUGUCAAAAUCUUAGAAAUAUGUGAUAUAAAACAAUUAACUAUUGAUUCAAUUCCUAAAUCAGUAUGUGAAAUUAUAAUUCCAAUGAAACAAAAACAAACAAUUAUUCCAUUUCAAAUUCCAAAAAAUAUAACUUUGAAAUAUUUAGAUAAUUAA